AUAUUUUGAGGAAGUAACUGAAGGCAGCAUGGGUGCACCUGAGACUCAGUCGCAUUUGUUUUUGACAGUGAGCAACAUCACAGCCUAAGCUACAAGUGGAUACUAUUUUUGUUUCAGUGGUCUGAGUAACAGUUGUAAAACUGCGUGGCUUUCGGUAAUAGUAUCGGUGAAGUGUUUCAUACACAUGAUAGAGACCCCCAAGGCUUUUUACGUCGAGCUACAAUUUUGACUGCUGUUAACGUUCAUGUUACCCUCCUGGUGGUGGAUUAGACCGGUUGCACAUCUAAUUCAACAUUAACGCUAGAUACUUUACAAAGCACUGGGUUACAGACAUGCACCCCCCAUCUCGACAGGACUAUAUAUCUAUAAGCUUUGCUGGACAAGGAAGUGGAAGUUACAAUAACAGCAAGCAGUGGAGGAGGCAGUCGUGCUGGAGGAAAUGGAAGCAACUGUCCAGGUUGCAGCGGAGCCUUGUCCUCGUCUUCCUGUUUAUUUGUGGAAUUGCUUCCUAUCCUGCUGUUACUGAACAACUCAAAGGACUUACAGAUGGACACCCAGACACAGAAAGACCUGUGCUGCCUGAGGUUGUCAAACAGGAUCAACCACCACUGCCAGAACCAACCCCCCAGAGGAAAUUAUCUAAUAAGAGAGGACCACCCGUCCUCGAGAAUCGUCAGAAGAAGGAAAACGCUUUAAAUACAGUGGUUGAGGACAAGGCUUCUGACAGCAAGAAAGAAGGGGAGGAGGAGGAGGGAGUCAUCAACUGGCGUGGGGCAGUGAUCAACACUGAUCCGGCCUCAGAAGGCACCAAGAAUGGAGAAAAUAAGGAGGGUUCACCUGCCAACCAAAAAGUCCAAUUAUCAGUCGAGUCAGUAGCUAACUGGCGCGAAGCGGUGCAAGAAGCUUUCAGACACGCAUGGAAGGGUUAUAAAGACUUUGCAUGGGGCCACGAUGAGCUCAGGCCUCUUUCCAAGUCCUACAGCGAGUGGUUUGGCCUGGGUUUGACACUUAUUGAUGCCCUGGAUACUAUGUGGAUCCUGGGGCUUAAAGAAGAAUUUGAAGAAGCAAAAACAUGGGUGGCCGCAGAGCUUACCUUCAACAAGAAUGUAGAUGUCAACCUAUUUGAAAGCACCAUCCGCAUCCUGGGAGGCCUUCUGAGUACCUACCAUUUGACUGGAGACACCCUGUUCCUAGACAAAGCUAAAGAUAUCGGCUCAAGGCUGAUGCCAGCCUUCAACACCCCGUCCAAGAUCCCCUACUCUGAUGUGAACAUUGGCAAAGGCACAGCCCACCCCCCUCGUUGGACUUCAGAUAGCACUGUGGCUGAGGUUACAAGCAUACAGCUGGAGUUUAGAGAGCUCACUCGCCUCACCCAGGAACCACAGUACCAGGCUGCGGUGGCUGAGGUUAUGAAACAGGUCCACAAACUGGAUGGUAAGCUGGAUGGUCUCGUGCCCAUGUUUAUCAACACAAACAAUGGGCAGUUCACCCAUCAAGGCAUCUACACACUGGGAGCCAGAGCAGACAGCUACUAUGAAUAUCUGCUGAAGCAGUGGAUCCAGGGAGGCAAGAAGGAGAACGAGCUCUUAGAGGACUACCUACAGGCAAUAGAGGGUGUAAAGAAGAACCUGUUGCAGAAGUCUUCACCUAAUGGCCUUACCUUUGUUGGAGAGCUCUCACAUGGACAGUUCAGCCCUAAAAUGGACCAUCUAGUGUGUUUUCUGCCGGGCACGCUUGCUCUUGGUGCACACAAUGGCCUGCCUGCUGAUCACAUGGAUCUGGCCAAACAGUUGAUGGAGACCUGCUACCAGAUGUACAUUCAAAUGGAGACAGGCCUCAGUCCAGAGAUUGUCCACUUUAACAUGCAUCAGGGCAGCACCCGAGACAUCGAAGUAAAGCUCGCAGACAGGCACAACCUCCUACGACCAGAGACGGUGGAAAGUCUCUUCUACCUGUACAGGUUCACCAAGGACCAAAAGUACCGGAAGUGGGGCUGGAAGAUUCUCCAAAACUUUAACAAGUACACCAAGGUUUCCUCCGGUGGCUACACCUCCAUCAAUAACGUCCGUGACCCGGACUACCCAAGCCCCCGAGACAAGAUGGAGAGUUUCUUCCUGGGAGAGACCCUGAAAUAUCUGUACCUACUCUUCUCAGACGAUCCCAACCUCAUCAGCCUAGACCAGUAAUGUUUGUCUUUCAAGUGAGAGAAAUGGUGAGAUUUUAAAUAUGAAUGUAGCAUACUGUAUUGAUUUGUAGUGUAUAUUGAAAGGUGUAAUUGCAGCUAUGUUAUAUACAGUAGCUCUUUGUGCAAUUUUGUAGUAGUAGCAGCAGCUUCUGAUAAGCUUGCAGUCAUUCCUUUAAAUGUUCCUAGUUUACAUCGUAACUGUAUUUGUUGAUUUCAAGAACUUUAUGGAUUUGUAUUGAGACCAAACUAAUUUGUAUAUUCUGUGUAAUUUUUGGUAUUGUUGUAUGGUUUCCUUAGUGUUCCACAUGUGCCUUUAAUGUUGCUUCAUACAACAUUUAAAAGACAAUUGUUAACUGGCUGUAAAUGUCCAUUUCUAUACAUUCAAGUUAUUUCUUGUACAUACUUUGCUGGUCUGCUACAGUAUAUGGUCUACUGCAAAUAUGACUAUUUUUUACAAUGAAACAAUAAUUUUAUAUUUUUCCACCACUCCUUCAAAGCAAUCAUUAGUUUAGAUAAUGCUAAUCUCUACCAGUGUGUAUUUAAAUCCUGCCUUCAAGGGCUGUGAGUGACCUCUUCCCUGGAUGUAUUUCAGCAUAAUUCCUGAGCCAAAGAUAUGCUGAAAAUAUAAUCAAUCCUGGUGGUUGAUAUUGUUUGGGGUUCUAACGAUGAAAAGCCAUUUCUCAAAAGCCACUGCUUUUAGGAAAAACUGACAAAGGAGAUAUUUUUAGUGCUUUUGAGACCAAUUUUACCAGUGUGGGUUUUAAAGUCUUGAGUGAUUCACUACUAUUUUAGUUGCAGCCACCAAACAGAAUGAUUUUAAUAGAAUGGUGCACACAUCACAAUACAGACAUGUCAUUAUCUAGAUUUUUUUAUUUGAAACAUUCAAAAUGAAUCGUCACAUGGUGCAUAAUAAACGCUGGAUCAGCUUUCAUUUUGUAAAAAUUUA